AUGCAAAAGAAUAUAAAUGUUUGACGAAACAAGGAAAAUUAACGUCACAAUCUAUAGAUAUAGAAAAAAAAUCUCGAGAUUAUCAUAUAUGUGUCAAACUCGAGGCCCGAGGGCCAAAUCUGGCCCGCCGUAGCUUUUUACGUGGCCCUCUAGACUCCAAAUUAUAGCAGUAGGCCCCUCCAGUUUACACAAUAACCGUAAAAUUAACACAAAAAUCAACAGAUGCCCACAUUUUUCUGAGUUUACCAACAUUUUUUCUCAAAAUUGGCCAAAAACCAGGGACUUGCUGUCUCAGCCUGACUUAGUUACAGUCCAGGACCAACAGAGCGAAUAAUAAAAGGUCACAUUUAACAUCAUAUAUUAGCGCAAAUAUCGUAAAAAGUCCUUCCAAAUAUUUCUAAAUUAGCACCACAAACUGUAAUGUUGACUGCAGAAAACCACAGAAACCAUCCUGGACGGACGGAUUGGUGUGGAAAGAUGUUAAAUGUGUUAUUUUAAGAAGCGCUGAAACAAAUAUUUACUGAUAUUUUAACAAUUUAAGUGGUUUUUAUCAAUACGAUCUGGCACAACAGGCCCUGGAAAUGAUCCCAGAGAAUGAAAACCAGAGAAUCAUGGGACCAUUUUGAAUGUAAACCAGAAUAAAGAGUGGGAUGAUGUCACACCACCAGCAAAGGAAGACUGUGAUGUCACUGGCGAUGAGGUCUGUGAUGUCAUCAACAGCAGAAUUGUAUGCAACACAGUUCUGCUUAUUUUUCAUUGCUUGCAAAAUCACUGACGUGCGCAAAGCUCUUUUUACCGAUCGACAGUUUUAGUGAUCACAUUUAGGACAAAAUGUCUCAUCACUCGCCGAGAUGUCACAGUGGAAUGAUGGGAGCCCACGAGAGAAGGGGAGUCCAGCAGAACCCCCAAGGCCGGUUCCCUCCUGCACACCCCAGCAUCUUACACGAGGAGAUCCAACGACUGAGCUCCCUCCUAGAAAUGGAGAGAGCCGGAAGGUCUGACGAUAACCAAAAACUGGCCCACCUGGAGGCAGAGCUGGAAGAGACGAAACUCCAGUUAAAACGGCAAAAAGCUCUGAAAGAAAUGUACAUCAACAAGGGCAAGGAGACGAAGAAGGAGCUGGAGAGAGUGGAGAAGUUCAGUGAUCCAGAAGUGCUUAAAGCUGCGGCCAUGGCUUCCAGGAUUCACAACGAUGUCAAAUACAAGAAGAAGAAGCCCUUGCAAGAAGAUUUUGUGGAGCUAAAGGUGGCCCACCUCCUCAGCCAGGAAGCGUUUGUAGCUGAGAUUCAGGCUGAGAGGGCGAAAAGUAAGGCCCUGCAGGCGGAUCUGGACUCGCUCCUGGCUUCCUACGAGGAGCUGCGCUCCAAGUGCGAAGCCGACGCUGCUCUGGGGAGGCAGGACGCCGAGACACAAGCAAAGUGCUCAGAGUUUGAAGGCACUCGAGGUCAUAGAGGAGACGGAGGGGCGGGGCGGGGGCCGGAUGAGCGCCGCGCCGCGCCGGUCGGCCGGUCAGGUGCGGCGCCACCAGUGAUCAUUAGGGUUACAGCUGCCCGGCCCAGAUUGUGUGCUGCCUGCACCAGGCGAGAUGUUCUGCCCAGGGAGAGGAGCGAGCAUCUGUCUGUCCCUCCCCGUGGACAGCCGCCUCCUACCAGCCUGUCCAACUCAACCCAACUGUUUUUGUGUCAAGUCCACGGCCACUUUCCACAGCGCGGCGGGCCAGAGUUGGCCCCCGGACCUCGAGUUUGACACCAGCUCUACAGCGUGCAGAGGAGUGACGAAGGCGCGUCGGUCGGUGUGAAGUUAGGAAACCUGAGCAGCGGCAGAGCUUCAAAGUGGAAGACAGAAAAUUGGUGUCACAAACUGGCCGAGCCCCGGCUGGUCCGCUCUGCCACCCAACAUCCCCGCAUGAAUAUUCAUGCGGGCGGAUUUCUCUUUUGUUGCCUGCCUAGUCAGCAGUCACCGAACACAUGGUGAGUGUUGGCAGCGCCCCGGCCUAGGUAGAGGGGCCGCGGACGGAGGCAGUGGCAGGAACCAGGACCUGUGAGGCUGACUGACAUUUCCAUCUGUGGCGAGGCCUGGUAAUUAUCGGGGAGAGGAGCGCCCGCAGCAGCGCGCCAUCUGCUAGGGGAGAUGGCUCAAUGAGGUAUGAGCACAAGCGGCUCUCCGUCGGGCCACUGCCUGCCUCUGACAUGAGGGCUCGCAUCUGCUACCGAGGAGCCGGGCCGCCCAACACAGCCUGUCUGCCUGGCCGAGAGAGGGGGCUGACAGGAGGGAGGAGAGCCGCCAACAGCCCCCCUGACCCGCGCCGCCCUGCGCCCCCUCGCCGCCGCUGCCCUGCCAAAGGAACACUUGACAAACAGCGCAGCCCACUCACAAGUUUUCAUACAGAUCUCAUCGAGUUGUUGGGGGUUUUCUGCAAACGGCGCCGCAGAGAUCCAGUUCUGGCUCUCGGUGUUGUGGUUUGUUUUCUGACUCACUCGGCUCGCUAAGACUGCGGAUCACACACCUGGCGAGUGUGUGUGUGUGUGUGUGUGUGUGUGUGUGUCCUUGUUCUUUCUGUUUGAGCCCAGCAUGGCGAGUCCAACCGGGGUGCUGCUGAUAUUACAUUCAGCCCACAGACCCGCUCUGGGAUCCGCACACCAACAUCCCACAGUAACGGUGCGCAGCGCCGCAGGAUGCGGCAGAACCCAGCUGGAGGAAGACUCCACUCCACAGCCACGUGUGUUUUAAUACAUUCACUCUAAAUGAAGUAGAUUUCAUCCAGUCACACCCUGGAAGCUGCCGGGUGAAAACGGACCAUUUGGCUUAUUUUGCUGCAACGCAGUAAAACGGCAAGGCUAAGAAAAUGAGAAAAAGUACAAUAACAAGAAUAAAGUCAUUAUAUCGCGA